UUUGUACAUUCUUCUGUGCUUCUUCGUAUUGCAGGGCUUAACUUUUCUUCUUCAUGGUCUGAGUAAAUUCACAAGAAUACAGAAUGACAAUCAGCGAUCAAUUUGACGUCACGAAUUCAGAUAUUCUUCAUGGAUAUCAAAAAGAGAUGGGAGGACCUUAAAAUUGAUAUCUUGGUGAAGAUACUCCAGGCCUCUGACUUUUUCGAGAUGAUUUUUGUUGUUUCUCAAGUUUGUCGUUCGUGGCGGUUGGCCUGUUCUAAUCAAGAUCUCUGGAAAACGCUGGAUUUGUCAGUCCUUCAAUCAAAUUUCAUUAGAACUCAAAUUGAGCUGUAUGUGUAUGUCCACAGUCAGUCUGAUGAAAGAUUGACCUGCGUCCUAAAUAUUUGCCUGAACCUCAGUCGUGGAAACAUACUAACAUUGAUCUUCCAUUACAAUUUGUAUGUUAACGGCAAUCAGUUGGCUUAGACUGCUGAGAGGUGUCCACGUUUAGUUAUGCCUGCUUGGAACAGAAUAACAAGGACAGGAAUAUGCAGCACUUUUCGUAGAUGGGAAGAUCUUGAAUCGUUGACAAUGCCUAGUAUACUAAAUCCUGCAUCUGUCAUCCAGGAAAUUGGAAGGAGUUGCAGAAAUUUCGCUGAGCUAAAGAUUAUGGGGCCCUGUGAUAUGCGCUUUGCAACUGCACUGGUAUCAUAUCUUCCAAACUUGAAAGUGUUGAGUGUAACGUGCACUGCGUUAUCUAAACCUUUCUUGGUUAUUAUCUUGGAGGGGUUAAAAAAGUUGGAAGUGCUGAACAUAUCUCAUUGCGUAAUUACUAAAGCCCCUCCACCCUCGAUGAGAAUUCUGACCAAGCUUGAUGGCUCAAUUAUUGAAAAAGCAUCUAGGUUAUGAAAUUUCCUAACCUGCAUGAGUGACUCGUGCAUCAUGUGUGAGCUCACUCGAAAUGAUAAAGGACUGAUGAAGUGGUAUAAAUAUGAAGACCUCUGGACAGUGGAUGAGGUGGAAUCUCUUGCGAUUUGAUAAGUUUAAGAAUGUAUUGCUUCAUGAGUUAAUGGUCUGGAUAAACCAUAAAUCAGCUUCCUGUUUGAUACAUUGUGUAUUUUAAUGUAACGUAGUGCUACCUGUGUGUUUUAUUGUUGGACUGUUUUUAAGUCUAUUAUCUUUGACAAGGAUGC